UGAUGAAAAAGUGAUGAAAAAGAGAAUUCAAUAAUCAAUUUUAAUAAAGCUAUAGAAAACAGCAAUGGCCUUUAGUGAAGGUGAAGUUUGUAGAAUUUGUUUAGGCGUUAAUGUACACAUGGUUGUACUUAAGGAGACUGGCCUCCAAAAUUUGUAUAGGACAUUGACAAACAGUUUUGUAAGUUUUUUAAUAUUUAUUUAUUGCUAAAUGAAGUUGCGGUAAUUUGUUGUUAUCACUGGAGAAAUACAUUAUGAUACCCGAUAUAUGUUCUAAGAUGUAGUGUUAAAUAUAAUGACAAAUACAACCAGAACCUGAACUACAACAAUUAGCCUGGUAUACUGGGACGCACUAAAAUCAGUAUUAUCAUUUAAGUAAAGCCUAGUAGGAUAUACUUUGGUACGAAAGGAGCGGCAUAUUGCGCAACAUGUUUCUAAACUACUACGUGGAAUGUCCCAAGACAUACCUAUGUCGCGGAACUUUGCAGGCCACACUAGUCAGUGCUUAUAGAAAUGUCGCCGGAGAAGGUUGUGGCGAUUAGUGCUGCGUACGUAGUUCUUAUUUCGGGAGUGAAACGUAAGCGAAAAAGAAGGUGGUGGAUGCGAGAUUCCUUACUACAAUGUGAAGGAAGAGUAAUUAAUAUUUUAAGUGAUCUCUGACUGUCUGACGGAUCUUGUGUGAAUUUUACCCGAAUGUCAACAUCUGACUUUGAAACUUUAUAAGAAAUGAUCGGACCUUCCAUAGCCAAACAAGAUCCUAUACUACGGAAUGCUGUUGCCCUCAUAUUAGUAUCAGACUUGGCGUUGCAUUAAGAUACUUGUCAACUAGAGUUUCUUAUGCUUCCUUGUCAUACACUUUUCGAGUGUAUUGAAACAACUGAUUGGCAGAAUAGUACCAGAAGUUAGUGGUUAGAAGUAUCCCAUAACAAAACAUGACUCUGGUAAAGUUUAAGAAGUAAAAGCAUGGUUUUGUUUCCUCACACAAUUGACAUGUUGCAAGGCAAGUUGUGCACACAACUACACCUGGUAACAAAUGAUGUGACGCUGAUGCUGGACAUGUGUUCUCCCUCUCGGAGCGGGAGCAAGCAACAUGUCCCACGUCCCUUACAAUGUUCCGUGUCACUGUGCAAUGUUGCAUCGUCAUGUAGAUUGAGUGUUCCACAUCAUGUUGCGGGCCAAACUGGCCUUCAUCUGGGGCUUCAUUGUACUACAUACUAAAAGAUAUGCCGAGACUGUUUGCAACACGCGUUAGAGCCCGUGGGCCCAAAUUUACAGAGUCAGUCCCAUAAAAAGAUGCCCUGCGCCUCCUUCCAUGCAACUUGCACUGCUGCAUAGAUUUUGUUCCUGGUGUCUGUUCUAGUACAUAUUUCUUGAAUGAGUAUUAUUGUGAUUUUCUAUCAAGAAAUUAACAUUUACCCUGGUUUGGUUGUUCAGCAAAUUAAAACAAUUCUAUUGGACUAUUAAAAUGAGAGAAUAGAGUAGAAAGACUUAUUAUCAUUAUUUUAUAUGUGGUAGAGCCAGGCUGCAGCUAUAUUAUGGUUGUGUCAUGGAUGGGUUGGCUACUGGGGUGGUACUACACUUUCACAGAAUGUGUAGUACCACCCACCACCCUGUGUUUUGUUUCAAAUUCCUCCUACCACACGCAUUAUCAGUUUACUUAGAGCGAUAAGAGAAGUAUUUGUAAUGUUCUUAGUGAUGAUAGCAGUUUGAAGUUAAUGUAGGUAAUGUAGUUGAUGGAUGUAGGUGGCUUGGAACUGUAUUUGUUUAUUUCUGCCUAGAUAUCAUCCUCUUACCUAUUUCUGGCACCAAGCAGCAGUAUGUAUCCUUGGCUGAAGGACAUCGAGAGCCAGGUUGUGAUGCAUUACAUAUUAGUCCUCAGAGGUAACAUUGCAUCUGUAGCCAUUGCUUGAAGUUUGUUGCAGGUGCCCAUGGUGCUCAUUAGUCACUUACCAUCAAGUAGAUGGUAGGUUUAUUUGUCACUUCAAUAUUAUAAAAAAUGAUGUUGACAAAGUGAAAUGUGGUAGCCAAUAGAUUUUAUUACAAACUUAUAUAUUUAAGUAGUAUUCCAUAUUUAUGAAGAUUUUCAUAUUUUCAGUUGGAUGAGAAUGAGGGACCAAUAAUAAUCUGUUUCACCUGUCAUGCAAGACUCAUUCGUUGCAGAAGAUUACAACAACAGGCUAUUGAGUCAAAUGCAGUUGUGGAGCAGUUGCUUUCAGGAGGAUCCAUGGUAUUAUCCAUUUAAACCUAUAAUAGUCCACUGCUGAACAUAGGUCUCACUCAUAUAUUGCUUCAUAGGAGGGAUUUUGCCAAAUUUUCCACACUUGGAAAGUUGGCAACCAUAGUUUAUAUUAGUCGGAGUCAUUAUUUACGUGGUAGAGCAUUUAAUAGUAUAGUUGUAGCACGAAUGGGUCGGCUCGACCGGGGAAGGACCAUGCUCUCACAGAAAACCAAUGUAAAAUAGCAGCUUAAUGCUGCUGUGUUUUGUAUGGUGAGUGUAGAGAACCGGAGACCCAUUUUACUGGAAAAGAGGCAUUCUAUCUUAGUCCUCACGGCUGACAACACAUCUGCAUUUUAAUUCUCAAAUGAAGAUAGAUGUAGAUGUCUAUGGGCCACAGUAACUACUUACCAUCAGGUGGACUGUGUGCUAGUUUGUCACCCUUAUUCUAUAUAUUAAUCAUUAUCAGGAAGAUGCUGCCGCCCAAACCCUGUUUCUGUUUCCCUCUGUUGCCACUUACGACACCCAUCCUGUGGAUAGGUAUAUAUAGGAUAGUGGAUAUUCUUACAUUGUCACUGCACGAUCCACUUUUCUAUGCUGCUUCCCAUUGUCAUAUGGGAGAAUGUUUCUUGUGCAAAGUUAAGUUAGUCCUUCAAUCCAACUUACUUUUGUUAGAGUAAUAGUACUUAUUUUUACAAAAACAAUUAUCAAACUGUUUAUACUGUUAUAUAUUACCCUAUUGUAUAUAAACAAAUCUUAAUAAACAAUGAUAAAUCUUUGUCAAUUUACAGAUUUUGUGAAUCUGAAUCUGAAAAUUGUUGAGACUCGAUUCUCGGGAUAGAUGAACUAUGUACAUUCUUAUUUAAGUUUACGCUGAACCCUCACUUUUGUCCGGUGUUUAUUAUUAUUUGAAGUUGUUAUCAGGAAGAUGCUGCCCCCCGAUCUCAUGUUUCAGUUUUUGUCUGUCCCUUUUUACAACAUCUGCAGGAUGGCAUUGGAUAGUCUGGAUUCUCCUACUCCACCACUACAGUGGCUUUUUCUCUUAUUUGAAAAAAGAAUUUCCUUUCAGUCAAUACCAAAACCGCAUAAGGUUAGAGAUGAGAUUCAGUUCACACCAAUUAAUCAUAUAGAUAUCUGGCCUGUAGAGUGUGAUAGAGAAAAUGAUUGUAAGGACGAAAUUUUUUGCCUUGAUGCCGUUAAAGUUGAGGAGGAGAUUUUCGAAUAUGAGAAUUCCAAAUUGGAAGAAAAUGAGAAUCAUGAAACAGAACCAUACAUCACACCGACAAAUAAUUUUUCAAAACUGUCUGAGAGGAAAAUUAAAUCAAAUUCUACUGAUUGUAACAUAAACGAUGUUGGUAAAGGAAACCUCGAUUUAGAAAGCCCUACUAUUAAAUCAAAGCCUAAAUUGAAAAAACAUAAUCAACCAAUUAAUAAAAAAGGAAAGCAUCCUGCAAAGAUUAUGAAAAAGAAAAUUUUGAAACGAAAGAGUGUAAAUAUACUUAUGAAAAAAACGUCAGGGGCAUCAACAAAAUGCAUUUUUGAAUGUGAUGGUUGUAGCAAAAAAUUUUCAAGAAAAGACAUUCUCGCCAAACACAUUUCAUACAGUCAUAAGACGCAAAAGAACUCAGUCACUACUGCAGUUCGGACACAAGUUGAACAAACUCCAGUCCCACAACUAACGGAAAUAUUUAAUUGUGAUAUUUGCGAAUUUAAAACAUCUCAAAAACGUUGCAUUUUGGUACAUCUUAAAGUGCACGUCGCUGAACAAGUGUACUGUUGUAAUAAUUGUGAUUAUAAAAGUAUUAAAAAACAUCAUUUGCAACAACAUAUGAAAAUACAUACUGGAGAAAAACCUUUUUCAUGUAAUAUCUGUGAAUAUAAAUGUAUUAGAAAAGAUGUGUUGCAAAGGCAUAUGAAAAUACAUACUGGAGAAAAACCUUUUUUAUGUAAUAUCUGUGAAUAUCAAUGUAUUCAAAAAAGUAGUUUGCAAACGCAUAUGAAAAUACAUACUGGAGAAAAACCUUUUUCAUGUAAUAUCUGUGAAUAUAAAUGUGUUACAAAAAGUCAUUUGCAAAAGCAUAUGAAAAUACAUACUGGAGAAAAACCUUUUUCAUGUAAUAUCUGUGAUUAUAAAUGUAUUACAAAAGAUGUGUUGCAAACACAUAUGAAAAUACAUACUGGAGAAAAACCUUUUUUGUGUCAUAUCUGUAAAUAUCAAUGUAUUCGAAAAAGUAAUUUGCAAACACAUAUGAAAAUACAUACUGGAGAAAAACCUUUUUCAUGUAAUAUCUGUGAAUAUAAAUGUGUUACAAAAGGUCAUUUGCAAUCACAUAUGAAAAUACAUACUGGAGAAAAACCUUUUUCAUGUAAUAUCUGUGAAUAUAAAUGCAUUCAAAAAAAUAGUUUGCAAAGGCAUAUGAAAAUACAUACUGGAGAAAAACCUUUUUCAUGUAAUAUCUGUGAAUAUAAAUGUGUUACAAAAAGUCAUUUGCAAUCACAUAUGAAAAUACAUACUGGAGAAAAACCUUUUUCAUGUAAUAUCUGUGAAUAUAAAUGUGUUACAAAAAGUCAUUUGCAAUCACAUAUGAAAAUACAUACUGGAGAAAAACCUUUUUCAUGUAAUAUCUGUGAAUAUAAAUGUGGUACAAAAAGUCAUUUGCAAUCACAUAUGAAAAUACAUACUGGAGAAAAACCUUUUUCAUGUAAUAUCUGUGAAUAUAAAUGUAUUCAAAAAAGUAGUUUGCAAUCACAUAUGAAAAUACAUACUGGAGAAAAACCUUUUUCAUGUAAUAUCUGUGAAUAUAAAUGUAUUAGAAAAGAUGUGUUGCAAAGGCAUAUGAAAAUACAUACUGGAGAAAAACCUUUUUUAUGUAAUAUCUGUGAAUAUCAAUGUAAUCGAAAAAGUAAUUUGCAAACACAUUUGAAAAUACAUACUGGAGAAAAACCUUUUUUGUGUGAUAUCUGUAAAUAUCAAUGUAUUCGAAAAAGUAAUUUGCAAACACAUAUGAAAAUACAUACUGGAGGAAAACCUUCGGAGUGAAACUGAAACACAGAGUUCAAUCUUGCCGUGGCAGCUAACUAUAAAUUAAAGUGAAAGAAACUUACUUUGCUACUAUUUUUUUUUUGAUUUAAGGCUUACUUUGAUCUUAUAGAUUAUCUUACGCUAAUGAAGGAAAUGAUUUUGUUAUUUAUUGUAACGUGUGGACAUUGUGAUUUCUUAUAUUUACGUGAACACUACACAUUGAAUAAAACUACCUUUACGGA